CCGCUUCGCAUUGACCCUCCGUGGAUGCCGUAGCGGGCUGAGGAGACGACAUGGCGGCGCUCGCUGCGGCGCGGAGGCUCCCAGGUCAGUGAUGGGGGGCUGGGGAAGCAACGUUGACUGAGGGUCGCACGAGGGGGGGGGGUGGCGUCGUCUAACGGUUGCCUCGCUUUAGCACCGAGCGAGGAGCACGCAGGAAGAGAGAGAGAGCCUAUACUAAAUCGUUGGCCCUAUUUGAUUAUUCGGAUUAUUUAUUUUGUUGCAGGUGAUGCUUGGCAGUGGGACGUGGAGCUCCUGGUUAGGAAAUUAUUAUUAUUAUUAUUAUUAUUAUUAUUAUUAUUAUUAAUUUAUUUAUACUCCGCCCAUCUGGCUGGGUUUCCCCAGCCACUCUGAGCGGCUUCCAACAGAAUAUUAAAGUACCAUAACCUAUUAAACAUUAAGAGCUUCCCUAAACAGGGCUGCCUUCAGAUGUCUUCUAAAAGUCUGGUACAGUGGUACCUCGGGUUACAUACGCUUCAGGUUACAGACUCCACUAACCCAGAAAUAGUACCUCAGGUUAAGUACUUUGCUUCAGGAUGAGAACAGAAAUCGUACUCCGGCGGUGCGGCAGCAGCAGAAGGCCCCAUUAGCUAAAGUGGUGCUUCAGGUGAAGAACAGUUUCAGGUUAAGAAUGGACCUCCAGAACGAAUUAAGUACUUAACCCGAGGUACCACUGUAGUUGUUUUUCUCUUUGACAUCUGGUGGGAGGGCAUUCCACAGGGCGGGUGCCACCACUGAGAAGGCCCUCUGCAUGGUCCCCUGUAACUUGGCUUCUCACAGCGAGGGAACCGCCAGAAGGCCCUCGGCGCUGGACCUCAGUGUCCGGGCAGAAUGAUGCGGGUGGAGACGCUCCUUUGGGUAUACUGGACUGAGGCCGAUUAGGGCUUUAAAGGGUGGUAUGGGGGACUUGCUGGUUUGACCCCGCUCGGACCACACAGUUGCCAACCGAUUUUGGAUCCACAGGUCCAAAUUUGGAAGAAAGGCUGGCCGUCACUAGAUCACCCUAAACUAGCUAUUGCAAAAAGAAAGAAAGAAAAAAAGAAACGGAGGCCAUAGGUAUAAUAGCAUUGGCUCCCAGUAGAGGCUGAAGCAGGUUAAAAUGAUGAGCAGCAAUAAAAGUAGGACCUGAAGACUUUCAUCUUAAGGUUGCUGCUGUUUCAAGCAGGAAUGGGGGUUGUGAUGAAAUCUUGCAGGAUAAUUGCGAUACAAUGCUGCUUUUGGAAAUUGACCAUCACUUUCCUUGUGUCUGAGUGAUAGUCCUUUGACUAAUAGCAGUUCGCUUAAUGUGAAAUGCUGUAAGCAAGAAAUCUCACCAACUUUAAGUCAUAUUAUUAACGAUUACAAAAGAAAACGGGCAUUGAUCUGAUGAAGUCUUGUAGUGGGUUUAUUAUUAUUUAAAUAAUAAAGUCCUAUUAGCACACACUCAUUUGGUUGAUUGCCCUUCUACAUUGACUCUUCACCCUCAAUAUAUAUAUUUAAUUAUUAUUUUCAUCAAUUUAUUUAUAGUCUGCCUUCCAUGAUACUAAUCCUUCCAAGGCAAUUUACAAGAAACAUUAAACUACAUUAAAGAAAAACCCCACAAUGAGCCAUUAAAAGCCAUUGGGAUCCUUUCCACAGGACAGUUGACAGCCCCAGACCAUCCUUUCUCAACCUUGGGUCCCCAGAUGUUAUUGAACUCCCCAGAUGUUAUUGAACUGCCACUUUCAUCAUCCCUGACCAUUGCUGUUGAGAAAUGAUGGGAGUUGUAGCCCAAUAUCUGGGGACCCAAGAUUGCCCUAGACAAUCUUCUAGGGCAGCAGGGUAGGAGAAGCAGGCUGUGAGGUCUGACUUCUGAGGUAAUCUUUGCCUGCCUCCUGCUCUCUCUCUUGGUGAGAGGAAAAUUAAGCUGGUAAGCUCUGAGAUAGCUCUUCACCUGGCUCCAUCAGUCUCAUAAUAAUCAACACUCACUUAGAGAAGUCCAGAACAGGGAGAAGCCAGAUGAAGGCAGUUCCUGGUUCCAUUUCUUGCUUGCUUUUCAUAAUGUUUUCUCUUAUUUCUCUAGGGGUUUUAAGAUCCUUCUGCCCUUUGGUCCCUUUGGCCAGUAAUAGUUCUUACAGCAUCCGCCCGAUUUCUUGGUUGUCUUCACUUCACAUCAGCCACAGGACGAUAUCAACAAUCUCCACCAGAAAACCUCUUCUCUCCAUUGGAAGUGGGUCUUAUGGGCAUUCAGUCUCAAUUUUGAACAGGUAGACACAAUUUAACAAAAUUUAAUCCUUCAUACAGAUUUUGUUUUAAACCCUGGUCCCCAACCAUAAAAAAGUCAAAGUAUGUGUAACUGUAUCCUGCAUGUUCUCCCCUCUUCACUGUUGAAAUUUAGAUUUUUACAGAUUUUGAGCUGGAGCUAAUAUGUGCUUGAUUGUCCGUAAAAGCACCAUGUGUUCCAUUAUAUAGGCAUAAUAAUAGUGUAAAAUGUUGGGAUAGGUCCCUGUUGCCUCAGUUUCCUUACUAAUACAGUGGUACCUCGGGUUACAUACACUUCAGAUUACUAGCCCAGAAAAAGUACCUCGGGUUAAGAACUUUGCUUCAGGAUGAGAACAGAAAUUGCGCGGCGGCAGCGCAGCAGCAGCAGCGGGAGCCCUCAUUAGCUAAAGUGGUGCUUCAGGUUAAGAGCAGUUUCAGGUUAAGAAUGGACCUCCGGAACAAAUUAAGUAUGUAACCAGAGGUACCACUGUAGUAGUAACAGGAUUCCUAGUGUAUUGCUGGUGUGUUUAACAACGUAUUAGGUUAUAUGCGUACUUUGGCUAAGAUGUCAAAAUAUCAACAGUAGUUAGAGGUAAUUCCUCUGAGCUUGAUUCAGUUUGGGACUAGUAAUUUGCGUGAAACUACAACACACUGAAGAAAAAAUAUUUUUCCCUUACGAGUUCUAAGUGUACUGGCAAGUCUUCAAACCUCCUACCUAAGAGGCCCUGGUGGUUGCUAAGCUGUGACUACAGUUCCUCAGUCGUUUGGGGUAGGGCUAAUGCUGUUUCCCCAGGAUGCCUCUCCCCCCCCCCCUCCAUCCCUGCUUUCUGGAGCUUGGGAAAAGUACAUUUUCCAAUACUAUUCAUACUGCAGCUGCCAAAGCCACAUAAACAAGGAAGGACGCAUUAGUCCAUUUUCUUUCUUCUUUUCCCUCCCAUUUGCCCAUUGGGUUGUUAUUUGUGCCAGAAGCCAAUUAUGGGGGUAGGACUAGCCCGUUGGUAGACAUGUAUUAAUGCACCAAAUUUGCAUUCUGAAGCAGGUAUUGAUGAGGCUUAGUGAUAGUACUAACAAAGUAAGAUCCCAGUUCCUUCUCCCCUAUGUGCAUGCUAGAGCCGUUAUGGGGAUGCAUGCACCCACCUCCCAUAUCUCAUGCAAUUUCCCCCAUUUCUACUGUUCAAGGAACAUGAGAGAAACAACAUGGGACAGAAUUGUGUUUGGUCACAGAGAAGCGGGCAAAUUUUGGCUUUGCACAGGGUACCAAAGUCUGCCACUUUGGUAAGGUAAGGGUGGGAAUUAAUGGGAGCAACAACAAUAUUGUGGUGUGAUCAUACAAACAUACUUCGGAGGUGAGUGUGUGUUACAUCAUCUUCAUCCACGGUGCAUUAGUUUGAAUUAGAAAUAAUUUUAAGGAGACAUUUGAACAUUUUUGUGAUUUCUGCUAUUCAUGGAGCAUUGCUGAGAUGUUUAGUUUUUGUCUUUCAAGGAUUUUGGGAUAAGGUUUCUGUGCUAUUGAGACACUGAUUAGUCAAAUGCUAAAUUAAACAGGUCACAGCUAUUAGAUCUAACUUUCUAUUUUCUUGAUUUCAUACAAAUUUCAGUGUAACACCACUGCUCCCAAGUAUCCUUCAUCAGCAAGUAAGGACCCUCAUCAAAUUCGGCUUGCGAAAAGGAAAAAGGAAAACUGUAAAACCUGUGAUUCACAGAUUUCUCAGAUUGCAUUGUGGCCUUUGGCUAAGGAGAAGGGUAAUAUUUUCUUCAUUGAAUGUUAUUGUCUUGACAGCAUGAUAUGCCGGUGUGUGGGAGAGAUGCUGCUUUUGUAAUUGUAGCUUAGAAAAGUGCAAGAAUUAAAAAAUGAAGGAUAGAACAGGCUAUAUGAAAAUCUACUUGCGUGAUGAUUAUGUAUUUAUUUUGUGGAUAGCCAUUCAUACGUUUGAAGUAUUAAAUCUUUUACUCUUUGAUGACAGGCUGGAUACAAGAAACGGCUGUGGAAAAAAAAUUAUAGGCGGAGGAGGCGCUUGAGGGAACAUGUGUUCUGCAAUAAAACACAGUCUAAGCUCCUUGAUAAAAUGACAUCUUCCUUCUGGAAAAGAAGAAACUGGUACAUUGAUGACCCCUACCAAAAAUACCAUGAUCGUACAAACUUGAAGUUAUAAAUUGUCAAAUGCACACCUGCAGAUCUUUGUAUGCCAGUCCAAAUAUUAAUGGUUCAGGUUGAUUGCUUUUCCAUACAUCCGUCUAACAAGCAAAUGAACAGUUUAUGUUAAAUUACUGGUGCAAAAUAAACCAUUGAUCUGAUUACUCUAAAGA